AUGGGCUCGGCUUGCAUCAAGUUCUGCAUGCAGUGCUGUUGCUGCUGCUGGGUUGAGAACGACGAGGACGACGAGAAGCAGCCUUUACUUCCUCCUGACCCCUUGGAAUAUUUUGACCGGGAGGUACAAAAGCGACGUGAUCAGGAGACUAACCUGUGGAGCGAACCUGGUGACCCCAGCCACUCGGAGAGAGAGGACGACCGUGUCCUUUACACCCUGCUGCAGGCCAGAGGCAAGACCAAGAUGGGAUCCACGGGCUACCGCCGUCUGAGCGUUGAUAUCGAAGCCAUGAGAGACACGCGUCGAGAGGUCAGAGACAAGUGGAAGACCAUCCUGGAAAACUUGGGUUUCGUUGCAGAGGCUGAUUCUCUGUUGACAGUGUCUGCCACCGCCUCCUGUGACCGCAUGCGCAACGCUCCCCUCGCUCGCACCCUGCUGAAGACCCUCCACACCGAGACCUCCAUUUUCAACAGCAAAGACCCCCCACCUGAAAGAUACCUCUUUAUCAUGGACCGUCUCUUAUACCUGGAUGCAGCUGAGGAUUUUGUAGCCAAGGCGAGGCGCUUCUAUCCCCCCAGGGAUGAUGAGGAGGAGGAGGAUUUCACGGGCCUUGGCAUCAACCUGCCGUUGCUGCUGGCCAGGGUGGAGGGCUUCAACGGAGCAGGGAAAGGCGGCGACGACGACGAGGAUGAUGACAUCGAGAGUGGAAGAGAGGACGGGAACUUGAGUGACAGGUCCUGA